AAUAGGGCAUCUGCAGUGCGAGCUGCUAUCCUCCUCCUCCCUACCUUCCCACCUCAAGUACAGGCCAGCUCACCAAGACAUUAAUACUCUCAGUUCAUUCGCAUUAUGGCCGACCAACUCUCUGAAGAGCAGAUCUCUGAGUUCAAGGAGGCAUUCUCACUAUUCGACAAGGAUGGUGACGGCACAAUCACCACCACGGAGCUUGGCACCGUGAUGCGCUCGCUCGGACAGAACCCCACCGAGGCCGAGCUGCAGGACAUGAUCAACGAGGUCGAUGCGGACGGCAACGGCACGAUCGACUUCCCCGAGUUCCUCACGAUGAUGGCACGGAAGAUGCGCGACACCGAUAGCGAAGAAGAGAUUAAGGAGGCCUUCAAGGUGUUUGACAAGGAUGGCAACGGUUACAUCAGCGCUGCCGAGUUGCGACACGUCAUGACGAACCUUGGUGAAAAGCUUUCUGAUAACGAGGUGGAUGAGAUGAUCCGGGAAGCGGAUGUGGACGGUGAUGGUCAGAUCAAUUAUGAAGAGUUCGUGAAGAUGAUGCUGUCGAAGUGAUCGGCUAUACGUGUAAUGCUUUCUUUGCCUUCGUUUACUCCGCGUUAUUACUAGC